UAGCUCCUUCGGCAACUUUUCAGCUGCCUUGAACUUCUUUCUCCGAAGAGCCGCUGCCGCGAGCGGCCAUCGUGAUGCGCUUUCCCCAACCGGCUCGGCGCUGUACACCGUCCUCCUCGGAAGAUCCAACCAGACAAAGGGAGAGCUGGUAAAAAAGAUUUGGAGGAACGCGCCUUUCUUGCAAUACCAGGAUCUGCAAUGGAUACAAGGAAGCUUUUUGUGAACUUUGCCCUUUGCUUAGCAUUCUUUCUGGCUUGUGAGGGGAAUUCGGAGAAAGGCAAUGGAUCCCUUUUACACUUUACUUAUCCUCUUUAUAACACUUCAAUCUAUGAAAACUCAGCACCCAAAACUUACAUGGAGAGCUAUGUCAAAAUGGGUAUAUACAUCGCAGAUCCAGCAUGGGAUAUCAAAUAUCAAAUAGUUUUUGGGGAUACUAGUGGUCUCUUUAAAGCUGAAGAAUAUAUUGUUGGAGACUUCUGUUUUUUGAGAAUUAGAACCAGAAGUGGUAACACUGAUCGGUUGAACAGAGAGUUCAAAGACAAGUAUCUUUUAAUAAUCCAUGCCAGAGAGAAAACAUUUGCCUACGAGACAUGGGCCAAAGUGCUGGUCCAAAUUCUUGACAGAAAUGACCUAAAGCCUCUAUUCUCACCCCCUUCUUAUAAAGUGACAGUUGAAGAAGACACACCUCCGAAAACUACAAUUGGUUGGGUCAGUGCCACAGAUGCUGAUAUUGGUCAGAAUGCAGAGUUCUAUUAUAUGCUAAGCACAAGGUCACAAUUAUUUACCAUUCAUCCCACCAGUGGAAUAAUCAUGAGUGCAGUGAGACUGAAUGCUACCCACAGAGGGAAGCACCAGUUAAAGGCCUUGGCUGUGGACAGAAUGAGGAAGAUCUCUGAAGGAAAUGGUUUUGGAAAUAUGGCCAGUCUUACCAUCCUGGUGGAACCAUCUACCAGGAAACCCCCUGUUAUUGCUUCAGUGAAGCCAGUUGAUUCUGCUGAAGAUCUCCUUUACGCUACUUUAAGUGUAAAAACUGAUGGCUCAGGAGCUGGGGUGGAUGCUGUUGAUAUUGUGGAUGGAGACCCAAGAGGGCAUUUCAGAACUGUAAGAUCAUACAUGGGAAGUAAUGACUUCAUGAUAGUAUCAGACAAAGAGAUCAAUUGGAGCAACAGUCCACGUGGUUUCAAUCUCAGCUUGCAGGCUAAAGACAAGAACAAGCCACCUCUUUUUUCCCAGACUGUAUUUGUUCAAAUACAACCUUCUAAAUAUACCUCUGCCAAAUUUGAAAAAGAUAGUUAUCAAGUCCAACUCAAUGAAUUUGCGCCCCCUGGAAGUCAUGUUGCCAUGGUUCAAAUUACUCCAGUUCUCCAAAAUGUAAAAUAUAUGCUGAAACUAAAUUCUGAUAGCAUUAACUUUAAAAUCAACCCACAAACUGGUGUGAUAACUACAGCAAAAAGAAUAGAUUUCCAUAAACAGUCUCAUUUUGAAUUUGAAGUUACAGCCACCUAUAGACAUCUUUCUACCACUGUUAUUGUUGACGUUGUUGAUUGCAACAAUCAUGCUCCUAGCUUUACCCGAUCUUCAUACCUCAGUAGUUUUGAUGAAAAUCUGCCUCCUGGCUCAAGUGUUCUCUCAGUAAAGGCUACAGAUAGUGAUAGUGGGGAGAACGGCUUCGUUACAUAUAAUAUAGCCAAUCAGAAAACGGUUCCCUUUGUCAUUGACCCAUUUACAGGCAUCAUAUCUACUACCAAAUUAAUGGAUUAUGAGUUAAUGCAGAGGUUGUAUUAUUUGCGCAUCUGGGCAUCAGAUUCAGGAUCUCCUUUUCGUCAUCAGACUGAUGUUUAUGUUUCCCUCUUUCUGAAUAACCUAAAUGAUAAUGUGCCAGUAUUUGAGAAGAUUAAUUGCAAUGGAAGCAUUCCAUGGGAUUUACCUAUUGGGCACUCUGUGUUCACAGUUUCAGCCAUUGAUAGGGAUGAACUAAAUCCCAUAAAAUAUGAAAUCAAGUCUGGCAAUGAAGAACAGUUUUUUGAAUUGAAUCCGGUGUCUGGUGUUAUUUCCCUGAGAGCACAUUUCAAGGAUUUCCACUACCACUCGCUCCUACCGAUUUCCUAUGCUCUCAAAAUUAGCGCUACUGAUGGAAAUAAUUCUGCAUCCCCAGCAUGUAUAAAUAUUACUGUGGUCAAGCAAGAAACUCCUCUCUCUUUUCAGUGUGAGGAAACUGGGGUACUGAAGGAAUUGGCUAACACCAUAAUGCAGUUUGCUGUCUCCCCCUCUCCAGACCACCAGGAUGAAGAUUCCUCGUUGAAUACGUAUCUUAUAAACCGUCAUGCACCACAGUUUGAUGACACCUUUCCACGGUCUAUUGAUAUACCGGAGACAACCCCAGUUAACUCUACCAUUGCUCAGUUGACAGCAAUAGACAGUGAUGCUGGCUUUAAUGGAAAGAUGGUCUAUGUCAUCUCUUCGGGAAACGAGGAGAGCUGUUUUGAUAUUGACACAGAAGUGGGUUUACUGCUAGUACUUUCUCCUUUGGACCAUGAAAGAACAAGUUUCUAUGUACUUAACAUCACAGUAUAUGAUCUCGGCAGUCCUCAGAAGUCAACAUGGAAAUUAUUAGCUGUGAAUGUUCUGGAUGUAAAUGACAAUGCACCUACAUUUUUGCAAAGCACAUAUUUAAUACCUAUACCAGAGGACAUAAGAAUGGGUACAACAGUUGCUGUGUUGACAGCUAAUGAUGCUGAUACAAAUGACAACAGCAGAGUGAAAUAUUCCUUUCUCACACACAGUGAUAAAUUUGCUAUCAACAGUGUUACUGGAGAAGUAGUAGUGACUGCUACUCUUGAUAGAGAAUUGGAGCCUCAGUACAUAUUAAAAGUUGAAGCCAGAGACCAGCCACAAAAGGGUCAUCAACUCUUUGCAAUUGCUGAUCUGGUUAUUUCUUUGGAAGAUGUAAAUGACAAUGCUCCGUACUGUAUCCCAGCCUUGAACAAGAUGAAUGUUCCUGAGGAUUUGCCUUUAGGGACCAUUCUACUAUUCCUGGAAGCUUUUGAUCCAGAUAUUACCUCUGAAGGAGAGCUGGAAUACAGUCUGAUCACUGAUCAUGAAAAUACGUUUCAUCUGAAUGAACUUACAGGGUCUUUAACAUUGGAAAAAGAAUUAGAUUAUGAAAAAAUGGAGUUUUAUAAUAUCUCAGUAAAGAUAAGUGAUGCUGGGAAGCUCUCUUCUCUCUGCUAUAUUGAGGUAAAUGUUUUGGACAUUAAUGAAAAUCUGCACCCUCCUUCCUUUGAUUCUUUUGUGUAUGAAGGAUCAGUGAAAGAAAACAGCCAAGAAGGGACACCUGUGAUGAGAGUAGUAGCUCAAGAUGGUGAUAGAGGAAAAGAUGGACAAAUCCAGUAUUUCAUCAGAGAGGGAUCUGGCAUGGCUCUCUUCAACAUUGAAAAUGACACAGGUGUUAUUUUUACCAUGGGGCCACUCGACAGAGAAUUGUGUUCUCAUUAUUGGUUGACAGUACUUGCUGUUGAUAAAGGAUCAGUCCCCCUGUCUUCUGUGGUUGAAAUUUACAUUGAAAUCAGUGACAUCAAUGAUAAUCCACCUCAGAUAUCCAGAACUGUCUUUUAUUCUUCUGUCUUGGAGAAUUCACCAGCCAACACUUCCAUCCUUCAAGUUGAAGCUGUUGAUCCAGAUACUGAUUCACAGGGAAAACUGACUUUCCUCAUCAUAAAUGGAAACCAUCAAGGAAUGUUUGCCAUUAAUCCAUUCACUGGUUUGAUUUACACCACUUCUCAGCAGCUAGAUCGUGAACACAAGGCUGAACAUAUCUUAGAAGUUUCAGUUUCAGACAAUGGGGAUCCGGUUUUGCAGUCUAGCAGUAGAGUGGUAAUCCAGGUCCUUGAUGUGAAUGACAAUCCUCCCAGCUUCUCCCAAAAGUUGUUUAUGGUUCAGCUGCCAGAAAAAGCAGCCUCCGAAACUCCUUUGCCGGUCUACAGGGUGAUUGCUGCAGAUCGUGACGAGGGACUGAAUUGCCAAAUCACUUACAGCCUAGAAGAAAACAGUGAGGGACUGUUCAGCAUCCAUCCAGUGACAGGCAUAGUGUUCUCCCAAAAGGCUUUCUCUGCCCAAGAAUACAACAUACUUACAGUCAAGGCUACUGAUGGUGGCACCCCACAGCUUUCCUCCAGUGUGAGGCUUCACAUUGACUGGAUCCCAAAGCCCUUCCCCUCCUCAGAGCCAUUGGCUUUUGAUGAACCUCAUUUCAACUUUACAGUCAUGGAAACAGAUCCCGUGAACCACAUGGUGGGAGUGAUCAGUGUUGAUGCUGGGCUCAGCCAGAUCUGGUUUAAUAUCACAGGUGGUGAUGAUGCUAUGAAUUUUGACAUCGAGAAGAGCACUGGCAGCAUUGUUAUUGCAAGAACUCUAGAUGCAAAGGAAAGAUCAAACUACAAUCUCACCAUAGAAGUCACAGAUGGAUCAAGCAUCAUUAAGACACAGGCUUACAUCCAUGUGAUUGACAUUAACCAGCAUCCACCACGGUUUUUGGAGUACCACUAUGAAGCUCGCAUUCCAGAAGACACGCCCCCUGGGACAGAAUUCCUUGGCGUCAGUGCAGCUGACCAGGAUCGUGGGAAAGGGUUGAUCUACACCCUCCAUAGCAGCUUAGAUCCUAGGAGCUUGAAAUUCUUUCAAAUAGACCCAAGCCGUGGCACGCUCGUCACAGUAUCAGACCUUGAUGCUCAAUCCAUGCCACUGCAUACUUUGACAGUUAUGGUACGAGACCAAGAUGUCCCUAUCAAGCGAGACUUUGCCCGAAUUGUCAUUCAUAUCGAGGGCUGUAACAGCCACCCUCCACAGUUCACCAGCCUCCAUUAUAAAGCAGAAAUUCUGAAUGUGGCUUCAAUUGGCACAGAAGUUGUGCAAGUCCGUGCUCUGGAUCUAGAUCAAGGAGUUAAUGCUGAAGUCCACUAUUGCUUUGAAGCAGGGAACAGCGGAGGCUUUUUCACAAUCAACAAGUUAUCUGGAAUUAUUACAGUUUCUCAGAAGUUAGAUCAAUCCAAGCAAGAAAGAUUUGCUCUCACAGUAAAAGCAGAAGAUCAAGGAUUUCCCCAGCUGAAAGAUUCAACUACUGUGAACAUUUAUAUUAAGGCUUCUGAUACUACUCCCCCACAGUUUACAGAAGAAGAAUAUGUUGUCGAGAUCAGUGAAUCUGCAAUCAUUGGAUCUCCAGUAAUCCUUGUUUCUGCUAUAAGCUCUUCAUUUGUUACUUACGAAAUAAAAGCUGGAGAUAAAGACGGCUUCUUUUCUAUCAAUUAUCAAUCUGGACUUAUUUCUACCCAGAAGAGCUUAGAUUUUGAACAGACUUCAUCUUACCAGCUGAAAAUUCGGGCCACCAACAUGGCAGGAUCAUUUAUGGAUGUUCCAGUGUUUGUUUAUCUCAUAGACCAAAAUGACAACCUGCCUAUCUUUGAUAAGCCUUCUUUUAUUGGCUGGAUCGAUGAGAAUAUUCCAUUUGGUAGCAUAGUUGUGGAUGAAAACAAUAUACCGCUAGUGAUAAAUGCAACAGAUGCUGACCAAGAUUCUAAUGCUUUGUUGAUUUAUGAAAUUUUGGAGAUGGAAGCCAUGACUUUUUUCAAAAUAGACCAAACUAUGGGCACUCUUACUACUUGUGCUGAUAUAGAUUAUGAACAUAAUACAGUUUUUCACUUUGGUGUCCAUGUUCAUGAUAGUGGCAACCCCAUUUUGUUUGCUUCCAAACCUGUUCAAGUCACCAUUUAUAUCAGAAAUAUAAACGACUGUCCUCCAGUAUUUAUCAAAAGUUUUUAUGACCUUUCUGUGAUGCUUCCUAUUCAUGAUGGUAUGGAACUUUUAAAAGUUAAUGCAAAAGAUGCAGACUCUGAAGUAAUCUACAGUAUAGCCGAAGGAAACCUUACGAAUACGUUUUUCAUCCACAAAACAACUGGCGCUAUCUCUGUAGUAAAUCAUACUAAUGUAGGAAACUAUCAUGAAUUUACAAUUAGAGCUGGAGAUGGUUUAUACGUGGCCAGUACAUUGGUCAGACUACAUUUUACUGAACCACAGGACAGCAUUUUAAAAUUUGAUCAAGAUGUAUAUUUAGCCACAGUAAAGGAAAAUUCCACAGAAUCUCAGAUUAUUAUUGUUCUUGGUGUUAUUGGAAAUCAACUGAAUGAACCCCUUUUUUACUCUAUCUUGAAUGGCACAGAGUGGUUCAGAAUGAUUCCAUCUUCAGGAGUGCUACAGACCAAGAACGUGAAGUUUGAUCGUGAAAUUCAAGAUGUGUAUGAAAUAGCAGUGGAAGUAAAAGAUAUUAGAAAUCCACCAGGGGUUUCUCAAGCAAUUGUAAGAAUAAUAGUGGAUGAUAUUAAUGAUAAUCCACCCCAGUUUGAAAACCUACCUUAUUAUAUAGCAAUACCGGCUGGCACUGAGCCAGGUGAUAUUAUCUUUACGAUUUCUGCAACAGAUCAGGAUCUGGGAAAUAACAGAGUCAUUUUUUACUCCUUUGUAGAAGAGUACCAGCAUUUCUGGAUUGACCCCUAUUCAGGAGACAUCUCACUCAAACAACCACUUGAUUUAAAAACUUUAAAUAAAUACACACUGAGUAUUAUUGCCCGAGAUGGUGGUGAGCCUCCCUUGUAUGCUGAGGAAGAGAUUACUGUAAUGGUGAAGAACAAAUCUAGCCCUCUGUUCCCAAGUCUCUUCUACACUGCAAAGGUGCCUGAAAGCAAUCCACCCUACACACCCAUUCUCCACCUCCAGGCCCGAAGUCCUGAAGGAUUACGCUUGAUAUAUAAUAUUGUGGAAAAAGACGCUCUCAGACUGUUCCAUAUUGAUUUCAAGACCGGCAUGCUUAUGGCCACAAGCCAAUUGGAUUAUGAAUCUGAUACAAAACAUACGUUUACUGUCAGAGCUACAGAAACAGCAGCGGGUUCCUAUUCAGAAGCAAUUGUGGAAGUUCAUGUCGAGGAUGUUAAUGAUAAUUUUCCUUUAUUUUCACAGACAGUUUAUACUGUAUCUAUCUCAGAAGAUGUGCCAGCUCAGACCCCUGUAAUUCAGCUCUUGGUUACUGACCAAGAUUCAGGGUGGAACAAGCUUGUUUCAUAUCAGAUUUUAGAGGAUCACUCAGAAUCCUCAAAGUUCUUCAGCAUUGAUGGCAGCACUGGUGAAAUAUCAACAACUCAGGGUCUAGAUUAUGAAAUGAACCGCGAAUUUCAUAUUAAAGUGAGAGCCACAGACCAUGGGCUGCCCCCACUCAGCAGUGAAGUUCUUGUGAUCGUCAGCGUGCUGGAUAUCAAUGACAACCCACCACAAUUCAGUCAACUUCAGUAUCAGGCUAAUGUGAGUAAAAUGGUCAGCUGUGGUCAGGUUGUUGUAAAGGUACAGGCUUUUGAUCCUGACAGCAGAGAUACUCCUAGACUGGAAUAUAUGAUACUUUCAGGAAAUGAGAAAAGGCAUUUCACAAUGGAUAGCACUUCUGGUAUCAUUUCCACACUAAACCACUGCAAAAAAAAUCUGGAAUCAUUUUACGGUCUUAGAGUUUCUGCUUCAGACGGAGUUUUUAAAGCCACUGUGCCAGUAUAUAUCAAUACAACUAAUGUAAAUAAAUAUAGCCCAGCAUUUCAACGGGAUGUUUAUGAAGUUGUAUUAGCUGAAAAUACAAAAAUAGGAACUGAAGUGAUCGAGUUGUCAGCUAUUGACCCAGAUGAUGGUGCUUAUGGCACCAUAGAUUAUAUCAUCAUAAACAAGCUUGGCCAGGAGAAGUUUCUAAUCGACGACAAGGGGCGCAUUGAAACGCUGCAGAAACUGGACAGAGAAAAUUCUACAGAAAGAGUUGUUGAUAUUAAAAUCAUGGCCAAGGAUGGGGGAGGAAAGGUGGCAUUUUGCACUGUUAAAAUAAUACUUACAGAUGAAAAUGACAAUCGACCUCAGUUCAAAGCUUCUGAAUACCUGUUGUCUAUCCGGUCCGAUAUGAGAAAGGGAUCUCCAGUCAUUCAAGUUUUAGCUUAUGAUGCCGAUGAAGGAGUAAAUGCUGAUGUCAUCUACUCUGUUGAUAGAGUCAUUACAGAAGAUGUGAUUGAGAUUAACACUGCCACAGGUGUUAUCGUAGUCAAGGAGAGUCUCAAGGGACUAGAAAACCGAACUCUGAAAUUUGGAGUCAAAGCUGAAGAUGCCAAGCCUCCCAACUGGCAUUCAGUUGUCCCAGUGGAGCUUCAAGUUGUUCCAAGGGAAGUAUCUUUGCCAAGGUUUUCUGAGCCAUUAUAUACUUUCUCAGCAUAUGAAGAUCUCCCAGAAGGUUCAGAAAUAGGAUUAGUUCGAGCUAUAGGAAAAGAACCCAUCAUCUACAGUCUGGUAGAAGGAACCUCUGCUGAAAGUAAUGAGGAAGAGAUAUUCACUUUGGAUAAGCAAACAGGGAUCUUGACUGUUCAGAAGGCAAUGGACUAUGAAAAGAUGAAAUGGUACCAAGUAGAUGUCUUAGCUCGUUCUUCAUAUAAGAAUACUGAAUUGGUCUCUUUAGUAUCCAUCAACAUCCACGUAAAAGAUGUCAAUGAUAACAAACCUAUUUUUGAGGCAGAUCCUUACAGAGCUUUUGUCAUGGAGAACAUGCCAGCAGGGACUCCUGUGAUUCAGAUAACUGCUAAUGACCAGGAUACUGGAAGUGAUGGGCAAGUGACCUAUAGCCUAGGAUCAGGAUUAAGCUAUAUCAGAGAAUUCUUCACUAUUGAUAGUGAAAAUGGCUGGAUUAUGACCCUUAAAGAACUAGACUGUGAAGUUCAGAAAAGCUACAAAUUUUUUGUUGUAGCUUCAGAUCAUGGAAAGAAGAUCCAAUUUUCUUCUCAAACUCUAGUAGAAGUCACUGUCGCUGAUGAAAAUGAUAAUGCUCCAGAGUUCUCCAAACAAAUUUACAGAGGAUCGGUUGUUGAGAAUGCUGAGCCUGGGCAGAUGAUAACCAUUCUUAAUAGUAUUGACAGAGAUCUUUCAGAAGAAAAUAGACAGGUUGUGUGUUACAUCACUGAAGGAGAUGUUCUGGGGCAAUUUGGUAUCAGUGAAGUUGAUGGGAAAUGGAAGGUUUUUUCCAAGAAGCUUCUGGACAGGGAAGAAACAGAAAAAUAUCUGCUCAAAGUCAUGGUAUCUGAUGGAAAAUUUCAAGCAGCCACAGAAGUGGAGAUUUUAGUCCUUGAUGUUAACGAUAACAGCCCUGAAUGCAAGCAGACACUAUACGAAGGGAAAGUUUCAGAGGUUGCAUCCCAAGGAUUUUCUGUUCUUAAAGUGUUGGCUACAGAUGUCGAUGCUGGUAGCAAUGGUCAGAUCACUUACAGCCUUCAUGGAGUUGGUGCUGAGGAUUUUAGACUGGAUUCUUAUACAGGAGAACUGACUACUUCUACGUUAUUGGACCGGGAACUGAAAUCAAAGUAUCACCUUGUUGCCAAGGCAACAGAUGGAGGGGGGCGUUUUUGCCAGAUGGAAAUUACUGUGCAUGUAGACGAUAUAAAUGACAAUGCUCCCAGGUUCUAUCCCAGUCAUUAUGCUGUAGCCAUAUAUGAUAAUACAUCAAUAAAAACGCCCAUUGCAGUUGUUUUUGCAAAGGAUCCUGAUGAAGGUCUCAAUAGUGAGGUGAGGUAUCACCUUGCUGAGUCAGCUAAUGGCCAUUUUUCAGUCAAUGAGGUAACUGGUGUAAUCCUUCUAGAGAAGCCUCUUAAGGAAUCCCCUUCAGUUCUGGAGUUGACUGUGUUGGCCGAGGACAGGGGGGUUCCACAGUCUCUCUCUUCCUUUACUACUGUGACUGUCUCAGUUGUGGAUCUAAAAGAAUAUCUGCCAGUAUUUCUCAGCACAGAAUAUUUAAUUGAGGUAAAGGAGAAUGUGGCCGUUGGGACAGAAGUUUUGAAUCUAUCUACCUUGACAAGAAGUACUGUUGCAAACACGGAGAUUAGAUAUGAAAUCACAAGCGGAAAUUAUCUUGGGAAGUUCAGGCUCCAUUCAAGCACUGGCAUCCUGUACAUUAAUGGAACUCUGGAUUUUGAAGUUGCCCAUGAAUAUUAUUUAACCAUCGAGGGUAUACGAAAAACUUCUACAUCUUUCAGUGAUGUCACAAUGAUUUUGAUCAACGUCACAGACAUAAAUGAUCAUGUGCCAGAAUUUGGCCAAGAUCUCUAUAUUGCCAACAUCAGUGAGGAUGCAGCCAUUGGUGAAAUAGUGUUCACGGUGAGACAUAAUCACAAUCAGGGUGGACAACAUUCUGUGGGAUGCAAGCCACAUUUUACAGUGUUGCACAGGGGUCUGCCUUUUGUGUUUUUCUAUCUGGAUUUUUGAGGGAUGUUCAGGAAGACCUAUUGCUAUUAGAAGUUACAAUUAUUC